GCAAAAAAAAAUGGAGAGUGGUGAAGAUAACAAAAAAUUCGAAAAGUAAAAAAGAAAAAGAAAACAGACAUAACGUAUCACUGACACUUCUGCAACGUCCCGUCUCUAUCAUCCUCUCGUCUCCUUCUCCCCUACUUUUCUCUACUUAUCUUCCUUCACUACCAAAUUUUAUUUCACUUCUAUUUUUUUUGAGUUGUUCGUUUGAUUUUUCUCUCGUAGUUAGUUAGUCAGUUAGUUAGUUAGUUCCGGUCUGAAUAAUUUUGGUUCGGUAGAUGCGUCGCACAAGAAUUUCAGCUCUUACUACUUUAUGAAUAUAUUAUAGCUUGAUAUGUAUAUUUUCAGAUACAUUAUGAAGAGUUUAUGGCAAUGGGAAGUGGCUUUUGCUCAUGGAAAUGAAGGAGAGACAGCGUUGGAGAGCUGAAGAGGACGCUUUGUUACGUGAUUAUGUUAAACAAUAUGGUCCAAGGGAAUGGAACCUUGUCUCACAGCGCAUGUGCUUGCCCCUAAACAGAGAUGCGAAAUCUUGCUUAGAAAGGUGGAAGAAUUACCUCAAGCCUGGAAUAAAGAAAGGAUCCCUUACUGAAGAAGAGCAACGUCUUGUUAUCCGACUUCAGGCCAAACACGGUAACAAAUGGAAGAAAAUUGCUGCUGAAGUUCCGGGCCGAACUGCUAAGAGACUUGGCAAGUGGUGGGAAGUGUUCAAAGAGAAGCAGCAGAGAGAGCACAAGGAAAACAAUAAGACUAUAGAACCGAUAGACGAGGGCAAGUACGACAGGAUUCUCGAGACUUUUGCGGAGAAGCUAGUGAAAGAGCGACCUACUCCAGCGUUCUCCAUGGCCACUUCCAAUGGGGGAUUUCUUCAUACUGAGCCAUCUGCGCCUGCGUCGGCACCUGCAGCAAGUUUGCUUCCCCCGUGGCUUUCUACUUCGAAUAGCAUGUCCACUGUAAGACCACCAUCGCCAUCCGUAACUCUAAGCCUCUCACCUUCAACAGUUGCAGCACCCCCACCCCCUUCAAUCCCUUGGUUGCAGGCUGAGAGAGGACCCGAUAACACUCUUGUUUUGGGGAGUUUGCCACCGCAUGGUUCAGUCCCGCCUUGCAGUGAGAUUAUGGUAAUAUCAGAGCUGGUGGAUUGUUGCAGAGAGUUGGAAGAAGGGCAUCGCGCUUGGGCUGCACAUAAGAAGGAAGCUGCCUGGAGACUAAGAAGAGUAGAAUUGCAGCUGGAUUCAGAGAAGUCGUGCCGGAAGAAGGAGAAAAUGGAGGAGAUAGAGUUGAAAAUGAAGGCUCUUAGGGAAGAACAGAAGGCUUCUCUGGAUAGGAUAGAAGGAGAAUACAGGGAACAAUUAUCUGAAUUGAGAAGAGAUGCAGAAACCAAGGAGCAAAAACUUGCUGAGCAAUGGCAGGCCAAGCAUUUACGUCUUUCCAAGUUUCUCGAGCAGGUAGCGUGCAGGCCGAGGCAUGCAGAGCCUAAUGGACGGUAAGAAAGAUUUGUUCUGUCUGGUUGUAGUUGGCUUGCUGAUUUCAGAAAUGGUGCAACAUUUAGGAGAAUUUUAUUCAUGGAUGUCUACUUAUUUAAUGCCUGCUUACGGAUUAGACUUCUUAAAUGUAAGGUAUGAUUAAAAUUCUGUAUUUGGAUUCUCUUUUGAAAAAUAUGUCAUAAAUGAUAUGCUUCUAGUGUUUGAAA